AUGGGGCCAAGUGCGCCGCCAACUACGGGUUGUCUAGUGUGCAAAGGAAGUCAUUGGGUAAAAGACUGUCCUACCACCAACGAAGAUGAGAAGUCGACUGCUAUCCAAUCAGCCAGAGAUCGUAGGAAGGAGCGCGUAGAACGCGGUAAGAUGGUAAAGGAUUUGAUCAAGUCCGUCAAUAGCUGCCAUAAGCGCAUCAAAAACGCCUUGGAUAUACCCUAUUGUGACGCAGACAGCAGUAUUAUCUCUCAUACACUGGUAGACAAAUUGCUGGGGCUUGGAGGAAGCAUGGAAGCGGCCGCACUGCAGCCGCCCGUGAAUGUGGUCGUGGCCGGAGGUGCAUAUAUGGUGUGCCGUUCAUCAGUGAUGUUAGAUCUGCGAAUUAAAACCGCUGCCGGACCGCUGAGUCUCCACAAUGUCGUGUGUCUGGUCUUGGACGGCGAUGAAGAGGAGUUCCUGCUGGACCGCAAUUCCAUGCAGGGUAUCGGAAUUGACAUCGACCGUCUAUUCGAGCAGCUUGCUGACAGCGAUCAGGUGACGGACGCCAGUGCUAAUGAUGCACAGUCGACAACGUUGGAUGACGUUUAA